AUGGUGCUAGCUUUGGACUUUAAUGGAGGGUAUGUUGCUGCUGCAAGCCCAGCUCUCUACAGAAAGGGUGUUGGUUGUGGAGGUUGCUUUCAGAUAAUGUGUAUAGGACUCCAAAUUAUGCAGAAGAAAGGAGUUACAGUAGUCCUGACAGACCUUGACCUUAACAAGAAGAACAUCCAAACUGAUUUCAUUCUGAGCAAGAAAGGCUUUCAUGGCUUUGGUAAGACCUGGAAGUGGAAGACAGUAGCCAGAAACCAAAACAAUUUGGCUGUCAAUUUCUACCAGGGUGGUCAGACUGAUAUUUUGACUGUGGAUGUCGCUCAGGUUGGAACUUCAUACUUGAAGUUCAUGACAAGAAGUGCAUACAGUGCCAUUUGGAACACAAGCAAUGCGCCAGCCGGAGCACUCCAGUUCCGUGUGGUAGUGAUUGGUUGCUUCGAGGCUGCUUGGAUCUUUACCAGAGAAACCCUACCGGCCAACUGGAAAAUUGGAUCAGUGUAUGAGUUUGGUGUCCAGAUAAUUGAGAUUGCUCAAGAAGAGUGCUCAACCUGUGAUACAAAAGAAUGGAAAUGA